UGGAGUUUGUAGACGGUCCCUGCAGCAUGGCCGCCGCCUCAGCCUCCUUGGCGUUCCAGGCACAGGAAAGCCGGGCCCAGCCUGGGGGGUCCAUGGGAACCUGGAGGCUUCGGGGCCUGGGCGCGGUCACCAUGGACAGCUUCUUCUUCGGUUGUGAGCUGUCCGGGCAAGCUAGGUCCUACACCUUCAAGGUAGAGGAGGAGGACAACACGGAACAUGUGCUGGCUUUGAGCAUGCUGUGCCUAACGGAAAACGCCAAGGAGGAGUGCAACGUUGUGGAGGUGGUGGCCCGCAACCACGAGGAUGAGGAGAUCGCCGUGCCCCUGGCCAACCUCAGGCUGUCCUGCCAGCCCAUGCUCAGCCUGGGCGACUUCCCCAUCCAGCCUCCAGUGACCUUCCACCUGAAGUCGGGCUCUGGUCCUGUGUAUGUCACCGGGAGGCACCAGAUUGUGUCUGUAGAGGGCAGCGAUCUCUCGGAAGAGGAGGAGAAUGAAGACAGAGACCCGGAACCCCAGCCCAUUCUGCCUGCCAAGAAGCGGCAGGGGAGGCUUUAGCUGCAAGGGCCUGAAGUCGUCUCUCCCUUCCCUCGCAUGGCCCUGUUUCUCCUGGAUGAUUCCCACGUGGUGGCUCAUGGUUUUCUUGACUUCUCAUCUACAAGAUAGGAGGGGAUGGAGCCAUUCUUGAGGACAAGGAGGAGGACCGUGGGUGCCCUUUCCCCGCAGAACCCCAUUCUGAGGCCCCAGUAUCGAGGGUGGGAGAUUGCCUCAGCACAAACUCUAUUCCUCCCUCCCUGACCUCUGCUCUCGGCUUUCCUUAGCCAAGGGAAUGCAAGAACAAAGAUUUUUCCUGAGUGGGGCAGAUGGACAGGGAAAUAAUUUUAUUCAGAAAUCUAAUUAAGUAUUUCUAGAAGUUUUGGAAUAAGUUGAAAAUAAAGUGAUUUUUUUUCCUGCAAA